CAUGUGGCUUUGUUGUAGUUUGGGAUGAGCUGAAAGGUUGCUGGUUUGAUUCUCAGGACCCCCCCUGGUGGUUUCAUCAGCAGGCAGCGCUGUGGACCCGAAAGGUUAUACUGCUCACAGGAAGAAGGCGCCCCGGCUCUUUGCAUCGGCCUCUCUUUUGCACGUUGGUCCCGUGUUGAUGCAGUGAAGGGAUAUAAGAUGAAAAUACACAAGAAGGACAAGCAGCAGAUGUUCACUGGCCUCCUGAAGCACACGCCACCUUCGGCCUCCGCUGCAGCAGCCUCCUCCUCUGCCUCGGACCAAAACAGCAAGGCACAAACCACACUUCCCACAAUCCCACGGGGACACCUGGUUGUGGGCCCCAAGGACCAGCUCCGCCUCCUCACCCCUGUGGGCAGCACGGCGACGUCCAAUCACUGCGCGGCGGCCGGGGCCCACGCCUCUAAGCACUCCGGAGGAGCCCCGCGACCUCCUUCCUCCCUGAGCGAGGAGGACGAUGGAGGAGGAGGAGGAAGGGUGAAGAAGAAACGGAAGAAAAAGGACAAGCGAGAACGGGAGAAAGGAGGUGGGGACGUGGGGGAAACCGAAAGCAGCAAACCAAAGAAACGAAAGGAGGAGAAAGAGGUGACGGUGGUCACACUGAGGAAGAGCAAGGAGCCCAAGGAAGGCAAGGAGCGAAAGGAUCGUAGGACCAAGGGGAAGGAGGGCAGGAAAGGGAGCGGGACAGAGCUGAAGAAUGUGGCAGGGGGGAAAGCGGCAGGGGCCGCAGUGGCCCCCGGACCAGCUCAGGUGCCUGUUAAGGUGCCCGGCAAAAGAGGAAGAAAACCGAAGGUCAAAGUCCUUCCUCCUGUACCCACGAAUCAAGCACCUCCUCCUACCCCUGGCCUCCACUCUAAGGUCGCAGGGCAGGUCCAUGGCAAGAACCAUGGUCGGGCCAACAGCAAGACCCCAGUCCCCUCAGCGCCAAAACAGAGGGGCCGCAAACCCAGAGAUCCUGGCGCAGCGCCGGUGGAGAAGAAGAAGAAGGGAAAGAGGAGAAACCAGGAGCUGGCUGUCCAGGAGGGGGCGGAGAGUGACGACACUACCUCAAUGUCAGCCCUCAAUAUGGGUGGAGAGGACAGCCAAGACCCUCUGGAUAACGCGAAGCGGCGUUCAGGACGUCAGGUCAAGAGGAGGAAGUAUAACGAGGAUUUGGACUUUAAGGUGGUAGACGACGAUGGAGAGACUAUCGCAGUUCUCGGAGCCGGCCGCAUCUCAGCGCUCAACGCCACCGCGCUGGCCUGGCAGGCUGAGGAACCACCUGAGGACGAGGCCAACAUCAUUGAGAAAAUUCUGUCUGUCAGAAUAGCAAAGAAAGAGACUUCAGAGGACCAAGCGGAGGAGACAGAGGAGUUUUAUGUCAAGUACAGAAAUUUUUCCUACCUGCACUGCAAAUGGGCCACUCUGGAAGAGCUGGAGAAAGAUCCCAGAAUCCACCAGAAGAUUAAACGCUUCAGGACCAAACAGGCCCAGAUGAAACACCUGUUCACCGAGCCCGAUGAGGACUUAUUUAAUCCAGACUAUGUAGAGGUGGACAGAGUGCUGGAGGUGGCUGUUACCACAGAUACUGAGACUGGAGAGGAGGUGACCCAUUACCUCGUUAAGUGGUGCAGUCUCUCAUAUGAGGAAGCAACGUGGGAGCUGCAGGAGGACUUGGACCCAGAGAAGAUCAAAGAGUUUGAGGAGAUCCAGAAGCUGCCGCCAGAUCUCAGACACAUGGAGCGUCCUCCUCCGGAAAAAUGGCAGAAGUUGGAGCACUCCAAAGAUUACCGGAAUGGAAACCAGCUCAGAGAAUACCAGUUGGAGGGAAUGAACUGGUUACUGUUCAACUGGUACAACAGGAAAAAUUGCAUACUUGCUGAUGAGAUGGGUUUGGGGAAGACCAUCCAGUCCAUCACCUUCCUGUACGAGAUCUUCAACAUGGGGAUCCGCGGCCCCUUCCUCAUCAUCGCCCCCCUGUCCACCAUCACCAACUGGGAGAGGGAGUUUCGCACGUGGACGAACAUAAACGUCAUCGUGUAUCACGGCUCGCAGAUCAGCCGGCAGAUGAUCCUGCAGUACGAGAUGUUUUACAGAGACCCACAGGGCAAUACCAUCCCUGGGGUGCUGAAGUUUCACGGGGUCAUCACCACCUUCGAGAUGAUCAUGGCCGACUGUCCGGAGCUGAAGAAGCUCCACUGGCGCUGCGUGGUGAUCGACGAAGCCCACCGACUGAAAAACAGGAACUGCAAACUGCUAGAGGGACUCAAACUCAUGAACCUGGAACACAAAGUUCUGCUGACAGGAACCCCUCUGCAGAACUCAGUGGAGGAGUUGUUCAGCCUGUUGAAUUUCCUGGAGCCGCUUCAGUUUCCUUCAGAAAGCACCUUCCUGGAGGAAUUUGGAGACCUGAAAACAGAUGAACAGGUGAAGAAGCUUCAGGCCAUUUUGAAGCCCAUGAUGUUGAGGAGACUGAAGGAUGAUGUAGAAAAAAACCUGGCACCUAAAGAAGAGACCAUCAUAGAGGUGGAGCUGACCAACAUUCAGAAGAAAUAUUACCGAGCCAUCUUGGAGAAGAACUUCUCCUUCCUGUCCAAAGGAGCGAACCAGCACAACAUGCCCAACCUCAUUAACACCAUGAUGGAGCUCCGCAAGUGCUGCAACCACCCCUACCUUCUUUCAGGAGCGGAGGAGAAGAUUCUGGAAAGCUUCAGGAAGUGCCACAGUCCAGAUGCGCUUGACUUCCAGCUGCAGGCCAUGAUCCAGGCAGCCGGUAAACUGGUGCUGAUCGACAAGCUGCUGCCCAAACUGCUGGCCGGGGGACACAAAGUCCUGGUCUUCUCCCAGAUGGUCCGCUGUCUGGACAUCCUGGAGGACUACCUCAUACAGAGACGCUACGCUUACGAACGCAUUGACGGUCGUGUGCGAGGGAACCUGCGGCAGGCUGCCAUCGACAGGUUCUGCAAGCCGGACUCGGACCGCUUCGUUUUCCUGCUCUGCACCAGAGCCGGAGGGCUGGGAAUCAACCUGACGGCUGCAGAUACCUGCAUCAUAUUCGACUCAGACUGGAACCCCCAGAAUGACCUGCAGGCCCAGGCACGCUGCCAUCGGAUUGGCCAGAGCAAAGCGGUGAAAGUCUACAGACUGAUCACCAGGAAUUCUUACGAGAGGGAAAUGUUUGACAAGGCCAGUCUGAAGCUGGGAUUGGACAAGGCCGUUCUCCAAGACAUCAACCGCAAAGGAAGCCUCAACGGGGUGCAGCAGCUCUCUAAGCUAGAAGUGGAGGAUUUGUUGAAAAAAGGAGCAUACGGAGCGCUAAUGGACGAAGAAGACGAGGGCUCCAAGUUCUGCGAGGAAGACAUCGAUCAGAUACUUCAGAGACGAACUCAGACCAUCACCAUCCAGUCUGAAGGGAAAGGGUCAACGUUUGCUAAGGCCAGUUUCAUCUCAUCUGGUAACAGAACGGACAUUUCUCUGGACGACCCCAACUUCUGGCAGAAAUGGGCCAAGAUUGCAGAGGUGGAGAUUGACUCCAAAUCUGAGAAGGAGUCCUUGGUGAUCGACACGCCUCGGGUGAGGAAGCAGACUCGUCACUACAACUCCUUCGAGGACGACGAGCUGAUGGAGUUCUCAGAGCUGGAUAGCGACUCGGAGGAGCGGCCGUGCCGGACUCGCCGCCUGGGCGAGCGCAGCCGGCGGUACCUCCGUGCCGAGUGCUUCCGAGUUGAGAAGAAUCUGCUCAUCUUCGGGUGGGGUCGGUGGAAGGACAUCUUAAACCACGGUCGGUUUAAAUGGCACCUGGCAGAGAGAGACAUGGAGGUGAUCUGUAGGGCUCUGCUGGUUUACUGCCUGAGACACUACAAAGGUGAUGAUAAGAUCAAGAGCUUCAUCUGGGACCUGAUCACACCCACCAAGGAAGGCCAGGACCAGGCGCUGCUCAAUCAUUCUGGUCUAUCAGCUCCAGUUCCUCGGGGUCGGAAGGGGAAGAAGCUGAAGAAUCAGCUGAAUGUUCCUGAAGUGAAGAACGCUGACUGGCUGGUCCACUGUAACCCUGAGGUGGUUCUUCAGGACGAGAGCUACAAGAAACACCUCAAACAACACUGCAACAAGGUGCUACUGAGGGUGCGGAUGUUGUACUACUUAAAGGUGGAGGUUUUGGGUGAGGCUGCCAAUCAAGCUCUUGAGGGAAUACCUGCCAGUAAACUUGAGGUGUCACUACCCGACAUCGACUACAUAGAGAUUCCAGCUUCAUGGUGGGACGCAGACGCUGACAAAUCUCUCCUCAUUGGAGUCCACAAACACGGCUACGAGCGGUACAAUGCCAUGCGUGCGGAUCCAGACCUGUGUUUCCUGGAGAGAGUGGGAAUGCCAGACGUCACAGCGCUGUCUGCUGAACAGGGAGGAGGGGAGGGGGUCCCCGACAUGGCUGACAGCGUCUGCAAAACUGAGGAGGCAAAGGACGACACUGAAAGCAAAGCUGAUGGAGGAGAGGACAGAGACGAGAGCAGCAAGGGAGAGGAAACCUGCUCCAGCACAGAUACCUCAGACAAGCCUGACAGUACAGGUCCAGAUUCCCAGAUGUCAGGUGACUUGUGCGCCCAGGAUGGAACAUUGGUCACCACGACGACAACAGGAACAGGCACCGGGGUUGCGGCGCUCCACGUUGUCCAAGCCCGGCCCCUCUGGCCCACUGGCCCCGCCUUGACAGCCCGUUUACGCAGGCUGAUUACCGCCUACCAGCGCUUCACGCUGCGCCGCGAGCCGCUGCUCAGGCACGACUUCAUGCUUCACGACGGCCUCGUUGGCAUGGGGAUGGGAGGAGCUGGAGCCGCUCACAGUCAUCACGCUGGUGGGCCGCUGGCAUGGCAACUGGGUGAAGAGCUGAGGCGGUGUUCUGUGGUCGCAACAGAGCCUGACCCCCUUUUUCUGGAGUGGCAGAGGAGGUGGACUCGUCGAGAACAAGCCGAUUUUUACCGCACUGUGUCGUCGUUUGGGGUGGUGUAUGACUCGGAGAGGAAGACCUUCGACUGGUCCCAGUUCAGAGCACUGGCUCGACUGGAGAGGAAGACGGACGAGAGUUUGGAGAGAUACUUCAACUCGUUCGUCAACAUGUGUCGGACAGCCUGCAAACUGCCUCCAAGGAAGGAAGAAGGUUUGGUGGAUCCAGCUGUGCUUGUAGAGCCUCUGACAGAAGAGCGAGCUGCCCGGACUUUAUACCGCAUCGAGCUGCUCCGAAAGAUCAGAGAGCAGGUUCUCCGUCACCCGUUAAUGUCGGCCCGCCUCCAGCUGUGCCGCCCCUCCCUCUACCUCCCGGUCUGGUGGGAGUCUGGCAAACACGACCGUGACCUCCUCAUCGGGGCUGCGCGCCACGGCUUGAGCCGCACCGACUUCUACAUCCUGAACGACCCCCAGCUGAGCUUCCUGGAGGCUCACAGGAACUACGUCAGGGGACACCCCUCUCAUCUUCAUCCUCAAAGUCAUCAUCACGCUCACCAUCCGGGCCUGGCGACUCAUCCCGGCAUCUCGUCUUCUUCCUCCUCCUCGUCUCAUCCGCAGCUGCCUCACCCUCACUGCUGUCUGUAUGAUUCUGGCCACUCCCCCCAGCCUCCUGAAUAUCCCCACCAGUCCUCUCACCACCACCAUCAUCAUCAUCACCAGCAUCACCCCGCACCAACAUCGGCUCCGUCUCCUUCUUCCUCCUCUCACCCCCACCUCCACCCUCCGCCAUUGGAUGCCCACAAUUCUUCCUCACCGAGUCUGGGAAUAGUUCCUGGGUCACGGGGAGAUUUCCUCGACUGUCCUCCUUUGGAUGACACCCUGGAGCUUGGUUCGCUGCACCAUGACGCCAUGUCUGCAGAAGCUUUACAUGGAGGGAAGGCAUCCAAAGACGCCCUCAACGGGUUCCCAUUCAAUUCAGCCACAGGAGGUCAAAGCAUGCUCAAUUCGUACGGUGUUGGGGGAACAGACCUUGAUUCAAAACUAAGGAGUGACGUGCUUGUUGGUGAGCAGGGCUCCUCAGAGGAAACCGGACUGAUGGCACCGUCAGUGGAGCUGGAUCAGUUACAGGCUCCCUGGGACGGCACAGACCACUCCAGUCCAGCUCACCACAUGUUCAAUGAAUCCGAUCCAAUCCUGGGUCCUUCCACUCUGGAGACUGGCUUCCUGGAGGAGGAGGAUGAGGAGACACAGGGGGGAGACAGAGGAGGGGAGGAAGGUGGAACUCUGGAGGAGUGUUUGGGCCUCCCGCCCUCAUCCUCUCCUUCCCACCCCUCUGCAGAAGAUUCUGUGGAGCCACUGUCCUCAAGUUACAUGCUCUUCAAGGAAAUUGGUGUGAGCGAGGAGCCCAGCGCAGAUCAAACCGACCUGUCAGCGAGCCCCCCUCCUCCCUACGUCCCCCCUCCUCCCCUCUCUCUGUCUGACAUCACUGCCCAUGAGCCGCAGGAUAGGCUGGGCCACUCUGACGUCACUGAGAGCCUGACCAAUCCGGUGGAGGAAGGAGAGGGCCAGGAAGGAGGCGCUGAGUUUGAGUUUAAUGACAAAGAGGAAGACGAAGUGGAAGACUUAUCCACAGCCACCAUGGAGCAGAACAAACUAAGAAAUCAAAGUCUAGACAAUGAGGAGUGUGAUGAAGACCAAGGUGCAGACCAGAGUUUGGGAGUCUUGAAUCCACCGAUGGAGGUACCACAGAUGGAUGGGAUAGAGCCAGAGCCGGGUCUCAGGGAACAGGACGAGAGGAUGGAGGUCUCAAACCAACUUUCUCAAGACCUCCAGGAAAGCUUUGACCAAGAAGAGCAGAAAGAGGAGUUGCCGCAACAUGUGCACCCUUAUCUUGGGAAGCUGGGGCAGGAGGGUAGCCUUGCGUGUCCUGUGUCUAUUGAAGUGCCUGGAGAGGAAGUGGAUGGGUUGAUUUUGUAUCAAACAGUAGAAGAAGACACAAUAGAAAGCUCUCUUGACGCUGAAACCUUAAUGGGAGACGCAGCUGGAGAGUUUGUACGAGUGGGAGGAAUUCCAGAAGAUUCCAGAGAGGAGGGUUCAGGGGAUCUUGCAGAUCAAGUGGAUGAGAUCUCAGAAGGGCAGAUGGAUCACGUUUCUCUCAUGGAUGUUGCAGUGGUUCAACCCUGUGAUGACACAGCAGAAAAGGCUGUGAAAGAACAUGACGCCAAACCAAAUGAGAUGGAGCUGGAGAGCAUUUACUCAGAAUACGCACAGCCCUCCUGCCCUACUACUUCUGUCUCAUCCCCUGCAGUCCCAUCAAAGUCUGAUGACAGCACCACAGACAGCAGCGGCGGAGCUGGAGUCAAAAUUGAAGUCUCCAUGGAUCAGGAAAACUAUGAAGACAGUGGUGGCGAGAAGAAACCUCAGCAAUUGGAGCUGCCAAUCAAGGUGGAGGAGACCAAGACAGAGGCUGCCGAGGACGUCUAUCCCGACAGCUCUGAGGUCAAACAUGGAAAAUUCUUUUCCUACGCCGUUAAGACAGAAGACUUGGUGACCAAAGCUGAGCAGUUAGACUAUCCUGUCAAACCAGAAACACUGGAGACCAAACCUGAAGAUCUCAGCCUUCCUAUGAAACCUGAGCGCUUAGACAGUAAACCUGAAGUCCUCCAGUUUGCAGCCUACUCAGAGGGCGCCGAAAUCAAACCUGAAGCAAAACCAGUAGCUCUCAGAUUUUCUGCUUACCCAGAUGGGGCGAAGCUUAAGACGGAGACAAAGCCAGAGGGUUUGGAGUUCACAACGUACCCAGACAGCUCUGAGAUCAAACCUGAGGCCAAGCCAGAGGGCCUGGAGUUUAGAGCUUUACCCGAGAUCAAAGCUGAGACGAAGCAAGAGCUGUUGGAGGCGGACAGCACAGUCCUGACCCCGAAGCUGGAGCAGGUGGACGGGCUGGUCGACACCUCAGGAAGUCUGGUGAAAGGCCAAGUGAAGGAGGAGAGGCCAACUACUCCAGGAGGCACAUUGCUGAGCUCAAACCCGUCAUCCUCUUCCAUAGUGCCUGUGGUCGAGGGCUAUGUGGGCAGCCCAAGGUUUGCAGCUCCUAUUUCCAUGUGUGAGAUUCCCGACAGCCUCCACGACACCAGGGAGCCCACCAUCGCUCAGCUCUUACAGGAGAAAGCACUUUACUCGUUUUCAGAGUGGCCGAAGUACAUGCAGCGGGGCGGGGCAUGCGGGCGCGGAGGUUGGCGCCUCACCUCCUUGCCUCUCUUACAGGAGAGGCUCGUGGCUCCUCCCUACCUCCCCGAGCUCAAACGAGCGGGAGGUCGGAGGUCUUUCGACUAUGAAGCUGCUGCUGCUGCAGCUGCUGCCAAGGUUUUAGCUGGGAAAUCAGCAUCGUCAUGCCACACGGCUACCACCACAAGCUCCAGUGGUACUACUCCGGUGGUGGCCCCGCCCUCCCACCGUACAGGAGCCAUGUUGAUUAAUGGCUGGCAAGAAACUGCCAUUGAUCUAACCAAGUCGACCGGAGAAAUAAGCACCACCAGUGGCAUUGGGACGGGAGAAGCUGUGGUUGCGCCGGGAAUCGGCCACCACGGCGCCGGUGCUGGCAGCAGUCACAAGCUGCCGCCACCCCCCAUCACAGCUCCGCUAACGGGCUCUGUGGGAAUCGACAUGGCCGGGAUACUGCAGGCCGGGCUCAUCCAUCCUGUAACGGGGCAAAUAGUUAACGGAAGCCUGAGGGGAGAUGACUCACUGAGGAGGAGGAGAGGGAGGAGGAGAAACGUGGAGGCACUGUACUCUGAGUUCACCAAGAGCAGAGGACUGCACCUCCCAGAGACACAGUCCACCUCCUCGCCGUCCCCCUCUCCUUCAGAGCGACCCGCCGGCCCCCCCACACCGUCCUCCUCUUCUACCCCAACCCCGACCCAGACACCUCCACAGCCAGAGAUCAUUGCCAUCGACAGAGAGGCAGCCAGCAAAGGCCUGAUCGAGUGGCUGAGGCAGAAUCCGGGCUACAGCAUGGAUCUCCCUGCGUUUGCUCAUUCUGGAGCAGGUCUGUUACAUGGUUUUGUUGAACGUCCCAAGCAGAGGAGGCAUCGCUGUAAAGACCCCACCAAGCUGGAUAUCAACUCCUUGACGGGGGAGGAGAGGGUUCCUGUUGUGCACCGAGGCACCGGACGCAGGCUUGGUGGUGCUAUGGCUCCGGCCAUAAAGGAACUUUCCAGGUGGCUGGACGCUAACUCAGAGUACUAUGUAGCUCCAGAUUGGGCUGAUGUGGUCAAACACUCUGGGUUCCUCCCUGAGGGCAAGUUUUCUCGGAUCCUGACAGAACCAGUCAACAGAGACCCGGGCUCUCGGCGCCGUGGGCGUCGGCCUCGCAGCGAGAUGCCUAAGCCCCUCCUGUCUGUCUCCGAUACUGCCUCAUCUGGCCUUGGCCCCCCACUCUUCAUGAACGGCGGAUUAAUCGGCAGCAUGGACUCCAUGGUGGCCAUGCAGAACCUCCGUGGUGGCAUUCCUGGAAUUCCCAUCUCCGGGAUCAUGGCGGCUGGAUUUCCACAUGGUUUCUCGGCCGCCGUCCAGGCGGGAGGAGCUGGAGCGUCUGCAGAAGAUGCCAAGAAUGGGUUGAGUAUGUUACCCAUGAUGCUGCACGGCAUCCCGCACCCCCAUGGGGCUGCGAUCCAGCAACACGCCUUGUUCAGCGUUGGCGCAAUGAUGGCGCACGCGCCGCCACCUCCUCACCCCAGCUCCUCCUCUUCUUCUUCAUUGUCUGCUGCAAAGGUCACCACAACAACUGCACCAUCUACAUCUGAGGCAGCCAGCCCUUCGUCGACAACGCCUGCUGAGAGAGAGAGUGCCGCCUCUUCCGGCUCUGCUGGAGGUGAAAAGGAAAGGAGCCGGGAGGAGAAAGGAGCCGCAGAAGCCGGCAAAAGACCAGGAGGGGCGGAGACAGCGGCCAUCAUUACCUCCACCAGCAGGGCACAUCUUAGCUCUGCGCAUCUCGGGGCCGGCACCGGCAGCCAUCUUACCUUCAACCCCUUCCUGAUCCCGGGCAUGUCCCACGGCCUGCUGUACCCGCACAUGUUCUUGCCGCACGGUGGCAUCAUGGCGCUGCCUGCUAUGCCUCCUGGAGCAGUAGACGGCUCCCCAGGCAGCCCCAAGAGGAGGAGGAAGAGAGGGCGUGAGGAAGGGGAAAGAGAGGAGGAGAGGGAGAAAGCUGCGACAGGAAAGGUAGAGGAAAGAGAAAGUACAGUUAAGGCUAGUGUUACCCCCCAACCAGCCUCCUCCUCAUCCCCCUCCAUCCCCUCUACCUCGGCUCCAGACCCAGGCCUGUCUCUGACUGAAGAGCCUCAGACCGGACAGGGAGACGGAGAGGAUGGGCCUGCAGAGCCCCAGGAACCAGACUCCCAUAACCAUCUUGAGGGAGCAACAACAGAGGAGAAAGAGGAAAGAUUGGAGGACACAGGAGGAGAGGCAAUAGAAGAGGAGGAGAAGCAGGACACUGAGGAGCAGAGACAGGUGGAAGGAGAGGAAGCAUAAAGGAGGAGAAAACUGCAGAGAAAAGAGAGACAACCACUUCCUGCUCUCUCCUCCUUUCUCCUCCGUUGCUCUCUUUCUGGACUGAGCAACAGUGUAAAGUUUGUGCCGUGUCUGUCAGUCAAUGUCCAUGUAAAGACUUUUAUUAUGAUGAUGACUAAUAAUAACGAUGAUGAUUAUAUUCAACUUGGUUCUGUUUAUAUACCAAGACCCCACCCACCCUCCACUCCCUCCUUGUAUACAAAAAAACUAGUGUAAGAAAUGAUCUGUGUAUACUUCCCCUUCAUUCUGCAUCGAGACUGAGUCGGGAGGGACAUUUCUCAACAGCAACACACACACACACACUUACACACUGCAGGCCAGAUGCGUUAACCAAGGGGCGGCUUUGGCGGUAAUAUUGAUCCUGUUAUAAAAGUUGAAAAGCUGUUGCAAAGUUUUGGACUUGCAGCUUUGGUUUGGUGUGUUUGCACGAGGAAUGAUGAAGAGAGUUGUGGCACAGCUGUUAGAAUUUCUCACCACAGUUUGUGAAUUCAGAGAAGCUCAAGCGGAGGAGCACGUGUGUAUCUUAUGUUCAAGGUCGAAAACCGAGCCUGUUCACCUGAGCACUGUUGUUAUUUUGACUUCUGGCACACUCCACUUAAUUGAGUCAUUUUUGGGGGGGAUUAUGUCUGUGCAAUGUUCAAAAACUUGCAGGCUAGAUUAACCUGGAAGUAUGUCUUGGUUACAAGAGUCUGAACCAGCAUUCCCAGAUACAUGUGACACUAAAACGCCUUUUCCUAGUCGAUACUGAUUGAAUACUGAUAACAUUAACCUGAGAUAAUAUGCAAGAGCUACUCUACCAAGAGAACAGACAGCAGGCCAGAUACAUUUCAGAGUGUAGCCCUUUUGAAAGUCUCUAAAUCAUCUUAAUGCAACUCAAAGAAUAGUGAAUUUAAGAAAGCUGCCAAGUCAGAAAGAAACAAAAAAGUCACAAUACAAGUGAAGUUAAUAAAUCCCAGGCAUGAACGUUUUAUCUUAAUUGUAAGAUAGCAUUGUCUGCCAGCCCCCCACGUGUUAGAUUCCUUAUUCAUAUUAUUUUUUUUUUUUUACUGUAACUUUAUUAUCAAUGCUAUGCCAUUGCUGCUAUAACUUCUUUUUAAAAGAAGUUCAGAGUUAAAAUGUAAUUUGCUCUUCACACUAGAGUAAUAAUCCAGAUACCAAGAACAGGAAAUGUUGAGUGCAACAGGUACUCUGAACAAGAAGAUCUUCUCAUUUGCUUUCAUUGAUAAAAGCAGAGAACAAUCAUGAGAUUAAUUUGUUUCAUUACUUUUUAGAUCAUGUAUCUUUCUUUUAAAAACUCACACACAGUCACUUUGAGAGAUUAUCCCUGCCAGGCCUAAUCACAAGAAAUGAAAGACAGGAAGUCAAAGUUAAGAGCUCAGUCAGGCCACCAGGGGGUGGUAGGAGGCAGAUUGUAUCCUGUCCUGGAAACACUGGGGUGGAGGGAUUGUAAGUUAAUUCCAUUUGGUCCCAAAUGGAAUUAACUUACAGCCAAUCAAUGAAAACAUAAAAUGACUGCUGCAAAAUGGUUGCAAUCAUGACCUGUAGCAUCAUGUCUUUUUUUUUUUUUUUUUGGCCAUACUGUCCUCUUCUCACGUUUUUAUUGGGUGGGAUUCUGUGUUCAGAAAGAUAUUAUCUGUGCGUUGUCAACAUCUGUCCAGUGAAAGGGAAUAGUCUGUUUUUUAGGAACAGAUAAAACAGGAAGAGGAGGGAUACAAAGCGGUGUGAAUCACUCGGGUUGAGUGCCUCGUCGUUGCUCUUCGUCUCGUUUCUUUUCCUCAGAUUAGUUUUAAUAGCAGUUCAUACUAAGAGUUUCUAAAUAUGUAAAUCUAUCGCUGUAUAUUGCUGUUUUAUGUUUUUUAAGUGCACCAUUUCUUUCUUUCACCUUUUGUUUUUUUUCUCCAUUGGGAUAAAAAAAAUACUUGACAAAUGCGAGGGUUUUUUUGCGUUGCGAUUAGUCCCAGUGUUUUCUUUAUCAAACAGACUGUACUGUACAUUAAAUGGAUGCAAGUCGCUGGUUUUAUUCAGUCUUUUCAGAACAGGGUCUGCAUUUUGGGGGUUUAUGUCAGAUGUUUCUGUUUAUGACGUUGGACUUCACUUUUGUUUUGUUUUCAUACAUGAAAACAUUAUUUUUGCACAAUGUCUUUUUGUGAAUGUUAACCUGUUUCUGUACUGUCUUGUAUUUCCUUUAUGCGUGUGUGUGAGCGUGUGUGUGUGUGAGAUAAUGGGAGAGGGUCGCGGUGUGCAUGCAUGCGCACACGUUUUGUUGUGGAGCUGUGUUUCUUCUUCAGUCUCGUCCUUACAGGUCACAUUUCUUGUUGGGGGGGAAAAAAACAUAGUUGUUGCCUUGUCACAACUUUGUGGCUACAUAUAAUUUAUUAUCCUUUUCUUUUGCUUUGCCAAACUCUCACCAAAUAUGACAUUCUUUCUUUCUUAGUUUCAUUAUGUAUUAUUCAAAGUAAAAUGCCUUAUUUAGCUAGUAUUUUUAUGUAUAGAUGUUCUGUUACAUCUCCAUAUAGGGACACGUUAUCGUGUUUGUGUUCAGUUUGUCCUUUGCUUGUAUGCGUACACGGCCUUGGUGAUGUGCAUUAUCUUCAAAAGCCAACAGUAAUGCGAAGGUACCACUGUCCAAAUCACUACGUUAAUUGAAUCAGUCAUCCCUCAAAGCACAAAUGGAGAGUUAACAAAAAGUGACUGUUUUCUUACCAGUGCCUCUAAAAUUACUUUAAAUGCUUUUUCUUUUUGUGGGCUCCACUCGCGCACGUCUUGUGUCUGUAGUGACAUCAUCUUUGGAGAAGUGAUUGACAUUUGAAAAUGUAAGUCUUUGUGCAAUUGCACCAUUUGCAGAUGAUGCCAUGCUGUUCAGUAAAGGGAAAUUCUGGAUUUGUUGGGGUUUUAUUUUAUAUAUUUGUCCAUCAUGACCAUUACUCAUGAUAAAGUUUUACUCACCAACUCCUUUAGUAGAGAUUUGGAAAACUCCAGCGAGGUGGCAGUCAGAGUAAAGAGCGUGAGCAACGUUUGAAAAAAUUGACAUUUGUAACCGAAACAAAUCCUUGAAUUCGUCUUUCAGGCUUCAACUGAAGUUUCUUGCAGAUGGAGCAAGUAUUUGUGGAUAUUGCUGCAAAUUUGACCUUCCAUACUGAUACAUGUUUGUUAAGCUGUGGCUUAGUUUGCUUUGGAUUUAGCGUGCCUGUUUGAGAAGUAGCAGCCAAGAUACAGUUGUGCUUGUUGUAUAAAGCUUAGACCUUGAGGUGCGUUUGAUUUAAAUCAAUUUGUGAUUGUCUGACUGGUAAAUUAUCUUAAGUUGAUCAACCCUAGCAAGUACAUAGCCUGAUCAGCAACAUUCUUACCAUUGUUCAGUUUGUCAGAUCUCUACAGAGGCGUUGAGUAAAAUGUUAAUGGAAUAAGACGAAGUUUGUGAAAUACCAGAGUCUCCUUUUAAGAAUGGCUAUAAAAUCCCAGGGCAUUCUCUUACUGCAGAGGCCUUCUGUUUGGUAUCUAGCACAUCUAGGAUGAUAAUUCACGCACAUAGUAUGUAUCCAGCUUAAGUAUUCGAUUGUUCGUGUGUGUUUGUUGAGAUUCCUGAAAAAAAAAAAAGCAGUAAAUCAGAAGUGGAAGCCAGUUGUUCUGUACCACAAUUAAAUAAUCUGAAAAACAAAUGUUUAACUCUACAGCCCAUGUAUACACAUCACUUCCUGUAACUGACUUGCACUCGUAGGUGCAGUAUGUGGCAACAGUUCAAGGCGAUGGCUCUGUAUUGUCUGUUCAUGUCACACCAUGCCUUCUUUAACAGUGUUCUUUCUUUUCAUUGAAGUCCUUUUGGUUAACUUAAAUGUUCUUCAGAACGGUCACCUCAAAAUGUUGUAAACGUUUAUCUCUUAUCAUAAAUAAUGUAUUUAUUGUAUAGUUCUUGUCUUUACAUCAUUGUCUCAUGACUGAUUAAUGGUUGGUUUUGUUACUCUUGAACGUGACUCCUGAACGACAAAAGCAUUUUGGUUCACAUGGAUGUUAAACUAUCUGCUUUUCUUUGUAGCCCUUGUCACCUGCUAAUCUGCUUUUUAGAUGUAAUUAGAUGGUAAAGAGUCCCCAGUUUACCUCUUUUUUUAUUUUCUCAACAGUUAGGCGAACUGAGCUACAUGUGCCAUACAAUAAUAAUCCAAUUAAAGUGGGAUUAUUGGGCUGAGACAAUUCUAUAGGACCCAGGUUGCAGCAGUUGAUCCAAAUGUAUAAAAUGGACAUUUGUAUAUUUGUUGUCUACAUUUUAGGAGAAGAUGACUGAAAACUUGUAGUUUCUGGAGCAGACAUGCCAGUUAAUGUGCCCUGCUACAGAAACCACACACCAGAACAAAACUUUUUUUUUUUUUUACUCUCCUUUUGUUUCCUUAAAAUCAGAAAUACUGGAUUGUAAGUCCAGUUCCAGUUGCAGAAUCAACAGACAGAUGCUGGAGUUCUAAAAUAAUAAUGCCUGAGAAAUGUUAAUUACCAUCUCGUCACCGGCUGUUGGCCUGAUUCGUUCAAGUAAGCACGUAACCAAACCGUCACAUGCUGGUUAUACUGUUUGACAUACACAUGAGAGACCCGGUUUGGACCGCCUGCAUCACCACCAUCACUCUGUUCCUGGCUGCGUUAUGGCCUUUGGUUUGAGGACCCUGGCCUUCAUUUAUUCAGAGGGUCAACGUUCAGGCCUCCUUAAGUGUCCUUAAGCAAGACACUGAACCCCUGCCAGCUGAUUUGUAGCUGACCCUGACUUUUGACCUCCCUGUAGAAUGAGGCCAGAUCCGGUAUGUAAUAGGUUAAAGAUGAAAUCCAAACACACAUCCAGAGGUUCCGAUUCUGAACACAGAGGAAAAUACAAUUAACAGCUUAAAAUCUCAUGUUCCAUUUAAAAAAAAAAAAUUAAAUAUCAAACCUAUUUUGCCUUGUGAAAAAGAAUUUUACAAAAAAAGAGAAAAUCCUUUGUGUCAGUACAUGGUUUAAUUCUUUUCAGGCUGGUUUCACAGACACUGAAAUAUUGUCUUGGCAGAAGAGGUGAAUAUAUAAUAAGAAUUACAGCUCCCUUAUGUAAUAUUUAGAUAUGUAGUUUAAGACUCCCCUGCAACUUGUGCAUUCUUGUAGUUCCCACUUAUGGUAAGCUUACAUCCAUUUCUCUUGAGUUAGCCAAUUGGACCCAUUUAUUUUCAAAAGACAUGCUGAAAUCUCAACACUUGGUCAGUAGAGUAAUCCCUCCACCCCAGUGUUUCCAGGACAUUUUUUGACAAACUGUGAAAGCAAGCUGAAAAGUAACCUCCUCCAAAUUCAUGUCUGUGAAACCACCCGGCUCAAUAUUACACAGAUAGGGCAGGUUAAAUAAUAUCUGACUGUUCACAGCUCCUGUAUUAGAACCAACCAAGCGUAAAAAUAAUCCACGAGGAUUUUCUUCUAAAAAGUGGAGAAAAGACCAUCACUGGCUGCUCCUGUAGUCAGAAACCUGGUCAUUGCUAACUAAGUUAAGUGGUGGGGUUUUUAAUCUUUUUCCUUUCUUUUUGUUUCUUAUUUGUAACUAUAGCUCUCUGUAUUCCCAUGUGGACCAAUCUCAUGAGUCAAAACAUGGUAUGUGUGAUCUUUUAUUGUGCAAUAAAAGAUGACUUUCAACUUUC